UUGCCUUCCUCCUGCCCCUCCUUUCCCCAGUUCCACUCCACUUCGUCGGUUUCCUCCGGGCGAGCCUCCGAAAUCCAAUGUCGGACUAGGGUUUUUUCGCAGCGCGCGCUAUUUCCUGCGAUUUCCAGGGUUCUGCCCCCACCGGAAGUUCCAGCUUCGCGUUUCGGUGGGAGUUCAACCGCUCGAACAAGCGCGCGCGAUCCGGCGACCGUCCGAGGAAAUGCAGGCUCCGCGGGCUCCCGUCGUCGUGCAAAACGAGAACUUGCCCAUCUUCCGAGGCGUUGAUGGAAAGAAGGCCGGGGCCGCGGGCGGGCCUGCGGCGAGGGCGGGGCGGCGAGGGCGGAGGGCCCUGGGAGACCUCGGUAGAGCCGGCAAGGCUCCGCCGGCCGGCGCCGCGGGGAAGGCUGCGGCAGCAGUGAGCGUGCAGGGGCCGAAGGGCGUGGCGAAACCGAGCUGCCUGAGCGAUGUGGACUGGAUGAAAUGCUGCGAAUGGGCUAAGGGUGGCAUUGAAACUGCGGGUUUCACCGGGAAUGAUAUGCAGAGUCUGAUGGCCGACAAGCACGAAGAGCGCAUACGAAAGAAGGUGGAGAAGGCAAUGGGCAAUUUGCAAGUCUCCAUGGACAGUAUUUAUGACAUCGAUGCACCAUCGAAGAUAUCCAUGGACGAUCCAGAUGAUGAAACAAGAUUGGAGCUUGAUCCUGAGUUUCUUCCUUCAACGGCGCACUUGAGCUCAAGACUAGGUGAGCAUGAUGGCAACUAUAUUCUAUCUGAUUUGGAAUUUGAGUGUGAACCUUUUUCUGGUUGCAAUUUCGAACUGAAGCUCAAGGAUGACUACGGAAAUGAUAGUUCUUCUAGAUCAACAAUGUUACUCCAUUGAGGGUUCAUCCUUCAGUGUACCGGUUCUCUCAUCCAACUGUUGUCGUACAUCUAGUUGUACUGCAACUGCAAAGUAUCUGUUGUUGGCAUGUCCUAUCUUAUCUUGUCCAGAUCUUAUAGGCUGCCACAUCAUACCUGCAGUUCAUAUGUAUCCCAUGUUGUUAGGCUGUCCUGGUUGUAGUAUGUUGUAACACUAAUGGUAGAUUGAUAAUUGUUAUCGUUUAAUAUUUGCAAAUGGCUGUUAGGCUGUCCUUGUUUUAACGCUAAUGUCAAAUUAAGAAUUGUUGUCACUCAGUAUUUGCAAAUCUUCUGCUUAGUCACUGAAAGUUGAAAUCGUGCUGUA